AUGGGUCUGUCCCUGUCCUUGCUUACGUGGGCUCGGAUCGAAUGCAUGGGGAGCAAAAUAAUUGGUCUGGCAGAGACAAAAGAUGCUUUACUCGGAUCGAUUAGCUUUGGCGAGAAAGACAUCAACGUGAACUUGAGGUCACUUGGUUUCAGACGAAGCGAUUCAUGGAAAAGGAUGGCGUCCGAUGUACCCAACGGCACAGCCAUGGAGAAGUCUUCAAGCUUCAAGAGCUCGGAACCGGAAGUGAUCCAACACGACGCUGGCUUUGCGAGGUGCCUUCCUGAGUUUUCCUCACCCAGGGCUUCGAGUGAGCUUGAUGCAGCAGCUACCAAGCUGCAGAAGAUGUACAGGAGUUACCGAACCAGAAGAAAUCUAGCAGAUUGCGCGGUUGUGGUCGAGGAGCUAUGGUGGAAGGCAUUAGACUUUGCAUCGCUGGAGCAUAGCUCGGUGUCAUUCUUCAAAGUCGAAAAGCCAGAGACAGCAGCUUCCCGAUGGGCAAGGGCGCGAACCAGAGCAGCCAAGGUCGGGAAGGGAUUGUCCAAAGAUGAAAAGGCUCAGAAGCUGGCACUACAACACUGGCUGGAAGCUAUCGAUCCACGACAUCGGUAUGGCCACAAUUUGCACUUCUACUACGAUAUCUGGUUCAAGAGCGAGAGCAACCAGCCAUUCUUUUACUGGCUGGAUGUUGGUGAUGGAAGGGAAAUAAAUCUUGACAAGUGCCCAAGAAACAAACUUCAAAACCAGUGCAUCGAAUACCUCGGACCUAAAGAGAGGGAAACAUAUGAAGUCAUCGUGGAGGAUGGAAGGCUUGUCUACAAACAAAAUAAAAUGCCUGUGGCCACCGCCGAAGGUUCCAAGUGGAUAUUUGUUCUCAGCACAUCAAGAGUGUUAUACGUGGGUCAGAAGAAGAAGGGGAAGUUCCAGCACUCGAGUUUCUUAUCUGGGGGAGCAACGACAUCCGCAGGAAGAUUGGUGGCAGUAGAAGGGGUGCUAAAGGCCAUAUGGCCAUACAGUGGUCAUUACCUCCCAACAGAAGAAAACUUCAAGGAAUUUAUCGUCUUCCUUCGGCGCAACAACGUAGACCUCAGUAAUGUCAAGAGAUGUUCCAUCGACGACGACGAUGAGCAUCCGUCAUUCAAGAGACGUGCCGAUGAGAUGGCAGUGGAUUCCACUGCGGCUCGGGAUGCAGCGGCGGUUGCGGAAGCUUUGCAGGAAUCCAGCGAGCAAGAAAGCAGCGGUACGGAGGAAACGAUGGGCGGGGAGAAGGCGUCGGAGCUCGGGGAACGCUUGCCAUGCAAGUGGACGAGUGCUGCGGGGGCUCGAAUUGGGUGCGUCCGGGAUUACCCGACUGACCUCCAAUCGAAGGCACUGGAGCAGGUGAACCUCUCGCCGAGGGUUGCUGCGUCGCCCAGCGGCCACAGAGCCCCUGUGCCAUCUCCUCGACCCAGCCCCAAGGUGAGGCUUUCGCCUCGGCUUCAGUACAUGGGCAUUCCGAGGCCCACCGUCUCCCUCACUCUACCCAACCACAGGAGGAGAUGCUGACACUGCGGCACACGCAGCUUUGGUGCACAAAGCUUCGAGUGAGCUACCAAUUGCUUUUUUCCUUUCCUAUUAUUUUAUGGAGAUUACUGUAAACAAAUCUUAGUUUUUUUUCUUCACUCUC